AUGGUGAGACCUAACGCACGCAGCUCGAACCUUACCCACGACCAGAAGCGUCUCAUUUGUUUGCAUGCCCGGCAAUUUCCCAAGACGACGCAAGCGCAACUUGGCCAGUGGGCGAAAGAAAAGUUUCAACUUGAUUAUGUGCCAUCUCAAGCCGCAAUGAGCUACUUGCUAAAAAAGCGCGCAAGAUUUGAACUCGUGACGGCCGAAGGCCGCGACUACAAAAAGUUUCGCACCGUCAAGUGUCCACAGGUGGACUUGGCACUAGCAGAUUGGUUUCUUUAUUGUCAGACUCGACGCUUUAAAAUUCCAGGAGACCUGGUACGUCACAAAGCGCGAGUCUUUUACGAGCUUUUGGCCCCACAAUUGUCUGAGAACGUCACUAGCUCCCCACCACAGUUUUCCAAUGGUUGGAUGCAUUCAUUUAUGAGUCGACAUGGCUUUAGUUUGGGUGGUAGCAAAGGCAAUACAAGAGAUCGCACAUUGCGGAUGUUGGAAGACUCGUACGGUCGACCAAAAUUCGCAGUCGAAACCUUUGUAAUCUCAACGCCAAAUCAUUUCAAGGCUGCCGUAAUGGGUAUCGCACCUGAGAAUGUCUAUUGGCUACAUGAAACGAAACUAUUCUACGCGAUGAGUCCCGACAGGCAGGCGUUACCCACUGGUCACCACCCAGAUAAAAAGUUGACGAUGUUACUUGCGGUCAAUGCUGACGGUAGUGACAGACUCAAACCUUUGUUCGUUGGGCCACAUGCAUUGCCAGAAGAUGACAGUAUGGAAAGUGAAGAACUUUCAUAUCAAUUCACAUGUAAUCACAAGGCGUGGAUGCCACCGACAUUGCUACGUAAUUGGCUUAUGGCGCUGGAUUGGCGUAUGCGUGUGACCGAUCGUCAUAUUGUGCUUAUCAUCGACUCGGUCUCAGCCAUGAGUGUACAGAAGACAAUUUUGUCGAAUGUAAAGAUGCAUUUUAUCGAACGCAAUCACGCUGGUGAGUUGUGUGUGCGUCCUUUGGAAAUGGGGAUUGUAUCAUCAGUCAAACGUCGAUAUCGCUAUCAGCUAUUAGACUUUGCGCUUGAUCAGCGAGAGGAGGGACAGGUGAAUAUUUAUGACGUUCCGCUACAGAAAGUAGUUAAGUGGCUCGCACAAGCCUGGCGGCAGAUCCCGCGGUCGCGUAUAAUGGCUGCCUUUGCGAACGUUGGCGUAGUGGUGACCCCUGAGACUGAAGCAGACAUUGUGCCUGAUAAUCGUUCUGAUGAUCGACUCGAUGCACAGAUCCAAGCGCUUUUGAAGCGUUUAAAGCUCAUUAACCCCAUGCGAUUGAUCGAAGUAGUGGCACCCAGUGCUGAAAGAGCUUGUGAUGAAGAUUUGACAGACGCUGACUUUGCUGACGCGGCACUGCAUGCAUCGCAAAGCUUAGAAAGUAUGCAAAGUGGUACUGAUACUUUGACGUGUCAUGCUAUUACGUCAGCGACCGACCUGUCAAGUCGUUCAACCAUAUUUACAAGCUCAGACGCCAGCAAUCUAUCAAGCAAUCAUCCUGGUUAUGAUCAAGGAAAUCCAGACUCACUCGAUGAGUCUUGGUUGGCUUGGACUGUGUCACAAGGUACUGCUAUAGCUCCUGUUCGACAGCCUAUUACUGAUCUCGAGGCUGUACAGACGACAAUUCGAUUAGCUACCGAUAUGAAUUGUGACUCUACCGUCAUAAAAGAGCUCAAUCGAAUACUCAAUGAAGUUGCCAUUAUCAACUCAUCUCCGCUCACAACUCCAAGCCAGAUGACCGACCGAGUGAGUCGUAGCAUAUGUAAAUUUCAUUACGGCGUCCCCACUCGACGUCUACUGUAG